AAAAAUGUCCUAUCGACUGGCUCAAGAAAAAUAUGGAAUUCAUCGAAAUACCUUGUUAACGAAGGUGAAGGAGGUGCAUACAGGAAAAGUUGGUGGCAGACGAGGAUUAACUGAUGAAGAAGAGAAUAUAAUUGCUGCACAUACAAUUGCUGUGGCAGCUUUUGGUUUCCCAAUCACCAUGAUGGAGUUAAGAUUGAAUGUUAAGUCUUACCUCCACAAAGCAGGUAAGAGAAAUGCAUUAUUCAAGAAUAAUCUUCCUGGCAAAGUUUGGGCACAUUUGUUCUUGAAGCGGCACAAAACCCUGUCUCAACGUUUUGCAAAAAAUAUCACUCUGGCAAGGGCUAAUAAUGAUAAGGAGAUCCUUGGCUCAUUUUUCGAUCACUAUGAAAAAGAAGUCGAAGGUGUUGUGCUGGAGAAUUUAUGGAAUUAUGAUGAAACAAAUUUAGUGGACGAUCCUGGAAUGAAAAAAAAUUAUUACAAAACGUGGAACUAA